CUGCCCUCUGAUUGGCCCGUCAGGUGUCGCCGUUGUGCUCGCUCGGAUGAGUCGUGUUGAUUCCAUAAGUCAUCAUGGCGCUCUCUUCCACAGGCAAAGAGCACCUGUAUCACCAUUUAAUCGACAGGCUAUCAGACGGAAGCCUCAAGUUCUUCAAUCCGCACAAAUUAAACGAUCCAAGAUAUGUCAAGCUGCCUUUGUCCAUCCGCGUCUUGUUGGAGGCGGCCAUCCGAAGCUGCGAUGGAUUAUACGUGAAAGACAAAGACGUGGAGAGCAUCUUGGACUGGGAGCAGCAGCAAGCAAAAACCGAGGUGCCCUUCUUGCCAGCACGGGUCCUCCUGCAGGACUUCACUGGUAUCCCUGCCAUGGUUGACCUGGCCGCCAUGAGGGACGCCUUGAUCAAACACGGUGUAGACCCCAGCCUGGUCAACCCCAAAUGCCCCACAGACCUCAUCGUGGACCACUGUCUGCAGAAAGACUUCAGCAAAUGUGCCAUACAGAACGCGCCUAACCCCGGUGGAGGGGAAGGCCCUUCCCGUCCGCCCCCUUCAUCAAAGCCUCUUCCCAGAGGAGCUUCACAUUGUGGAGGCCAGCGGGGCUCCUGUAGCAAAGCGGCUUGCAGUGACCCUCCGUCGUCUGCGGGGGGACCAGCUCAUACCUCGGUGCAGCAGAUCGAGAACACGCCUCUGCUCUGCCCCUUCCACCUGAAACCAGUUUCUGAAGCCGAAACAGCUGUGAAGAAUCAAGAAAUGGAGCUGAUCAGGAAUAAAGAAAGACUUCAGUUCUUUAAGUGGUGCUCUAAAGCCUUCAAAAAUGUCAAUGUUGUUCCUCCUGACGUCGGCGCUGUACACCAAGUCAAUCUGGAGUAUCUUUCCCGAGUCAUCCACGUCCGCGGAGGUUUGAUUUACCCCGACAGCGUCUUGGGCACCGAUUCUCACACCACAAUGAUCAAUGGCCUAGGCAUCUUGGGCUGGGGUGUGGGCGGAAUCGAGUCAGAAGCGGUGAUGUUGGGCCAGCCAGUGUCUCUGACCCUCCCCCAGGUGGUGGGCUGCAAACUUGUGGGCUCCAUCAACCCCCUGACCACCUCCAUAGACGUGGUCCUCGGCAUCACAAAGCACUUGCGUCAAGCCGGCAUCGCUGGGAAGUUUGUGGAGUUUUUCGGUCCCGGCGUGUCACAGCUCUCAGCCCCCGACAGAACCACCAUCGCCAACAUGUGCCCUGAGUACAACGCCACCGUCAGCUUCUUCCCCGUGGACAGGGUCACCAUUCAGCACUUUAAAAAGACGCACUUUUCCCAGAAACAGCUUGAGUUACUGGAGUCCUAUCUGAAGGCUGUAAAGCUAUUCAGAACGUAUGAGGACGCCGCAGAAGACCCCCAGUUUUCUGAGGUGAUUGAAAUCAACAUGAGCUCCAUGGUGCCGUACGUCAGCGGGCCCAAGAGGCCGCAGGACCGCAUGGCCGUCUGCAGCAUGAAAGAAGGAUUUCAGAGUUGUCUGGAUGAAAAGGUGGGGCCUAAAGGCUUCAAUAUCUCCAAGGACAAGCAGCACAUCCAGGUUCCCUUCCUGCACGGGGGCCAGGAGUACCAACUCGUCCACGGCUCGGUGGUCAUUGCCGCUGUGAUCAGCUGCACCAACAACUGCAACCCCUCUGUAAUGCUGACGGCAGGUCUGCUAGCCAAGAAGGCUGUGGAGGCGGGGCUUAUGGUCAAGCCGUAUAUCCGCACAAGCCUGGCGCCUGGAAGUGGCAUGGUCACGCACUAUCUCAACGCCAGCGGUGUCCUGCCGUAUUUCAACCAGCUGGGCUUUGAGGUGAUUGGCUACGGUUGUGCCACCUGUGUAGGGAACAUUGCGCCGUUACCAGAAACUGUGGUGGAUGCAAUCAAGCAGGGGGACUUGGUGACGUGCGGCAUCCUAUCGGGCAACAGGCACUUUGAGGGCCGUCUUUGUGACUGUGUACGAGCCAACUACCUGGCCUCGCCGCCCCUCGUGGUGGCCUAUGCUAUCGCAGGCACCGUGGGCAUCGACUUUGAGAAAGAGCCUCUCGGUGUGACAUCAGACGGGAAGGAGCUGUACCUUCGCGACAUCUGGCCAUCCAGAGAAGAGGUCCGAGAGAUGGAAGAGGACACCGUCAUCUCCUCAAUCUUCAAGGAGCUCAAAGAAAGGAUGGAGAAAGAGAACACGUUUUGGAGCAACAUCGAAUGUCCCGAGUCAGUCAUCUUUCCCUGGGACAGCAAGUCCACGUACAUCCGCUCGCCGUCUUUCUUCAGCAAACUAAGUAAAGAAGUCCCGCCCCCUCAGUCAAUAGACAACGCCCACGCCUUAUUGUUCCUCGGCGACAAGGUGACUACGGACCACAUCUCGCCAGCAGGCAGCAUUGCCAGGGUCAGCGCCGCUGCCAAAUACCUGCUCAGCAAACGCCUGACUCCUCGGGAGUUUAACUCCUACGGCGCUCGGCGAGGAAACGACGCUGUGAUGACCAGAGGGACGUUCGCCAGCAUCAAGCUCCAAAACAGACUGGUGGGCAAAGCAGGCCCCAAGACGGUCCACAUUCCUUCAGGCCAGACACUGGACGUCUUCGAGGCCGCCGAGCGCUACCAGAGAGACGGCGUCCCCCUCGUCAUCCUCGCCGGCAAAGACUACGGCUCCGGGAACUCCAGGGACUGGGUGGCUAAAGGACCAUACCUGCUGGGCGUCCGCGCGGUCAUCGCAGAGAGCUUCGAGAAGCUCCACAAGAACCAGCUGGUGGGGAUGGGCAUCAUGCCGCUGCAGUUCGUACCCGAGCACAACGCCGACACACUGGAGCUGAGCGGCAAGGAGAGGUUCAGCAUUAGCCUGCCAGAGCGCCUCUGUGCCAGGCAGCAGCUCACCGUUAAGACCAGUCAAGGAAAGUCUUUUGAGGUCACCGCACAGUUUGACAGCGACUUGGAAGUCACCGUCUUCCAACACGGGGGCCUGCUGAGAUACGUUGCAAGGACAAUGCUCUGAACUCGCCUGCCAAGAUGAGUGCAAAAUGUCCGUUUGUCAACAGAGCCGUGGUCUAAUUGGCGGGACGGUCACCAGACAUCCUCACCGGGGAGACUAGGAGACUUCCUUUGAUCUUUGCUGACUCUUUUAAUCCCUCAAAGGGCAGGCUGUCAAGUCCUGCCAAGAAUAAGCGAAGAUGGUGCUGAGGUAUGUUUGUCCAUAUUUGUCGAUGUAAACAAUGGAAUUAUGACUUUAGCCAAACGUUUUGCUGUCUUAUGCAAAAGUGUCUUAUCCCCUGAGCAUCCUGCAUCAGCCAACAACAAAGACUUCAUGCACUCUUGACAUUUUUUCCAAAAGUGCAACAUACGCAACAAACUGGCCCCGAGCUCAACGUUUUUUUUUUUUUAAAUGAUUGGAAAUAAGAUCAACACUGCUGCUGAUUGGCCUUGUUGCCCUGAACAUGAAACAUACGAGCAGAAAUGAUGCUACUGUUACAUUGGCAGAAAUAAAAGACACAAGACAGUGAGGUCUUCCAAGUGUAAA